CCAAAGUACCGCAAUUGAAUGUUUCAAUGUGUUAGAGAGAGAACGUGUAUUUCGGACACAAUAUGGCGACCGACAAACGUCAAUGUUAAUUGUCAAACGCUCUUUAACGCAUCACCUGUUUUGCAAAGUUGUUUGUGUUUUUUGUAAAGUUGUUUGUGUUUUUUUGUGGUGUUUUAUGACUCUUAUUUUAAAAUGCCAAGUUGUGAUCGUUUGUGUGGAAAUAAAAGCCGAUUGUUUCGUCUUCCAACAGGUGUUAGUAAUAGGGCUAGAAGAGGACAAUUUAAUAGGCCGGGACGAUUUGAACGACAACUCCAGAAUUUGCGAAUUACAUUUUUCUGAACAACAAUUCGAAGCAAAGCGAGCAGAUGGAAGGAAACUAUUGCGGCCGAAAUUUUGUUAAUAAACUGGUG